UCGGCAGUUCACAACCGUCUCCACACGUCAUCAGGCUGCGCCACAGGCUGGUGACGCACUCUGUGCGCACCCAGAAUAGACAUGGCGACGGUUGAUAGCAGAGAUAACCUGCUGGGGAUUUCAUGGGUGGACAGUGCUUGGAUUCCGAUAUUAAAUCCAGGAAAUGUGCUUGACUACUUCUCGGAAAGAAGCAACCCCUUUUACGAUCGCACUUGCAAUAAUGAGGUGGUCAAAAUGCAGCGUCUCAGCUUGGAACAUUUGCACAACAUGACUGGCUUGGAGUACAUUCUACUACAUGCUCAGGAGCCCAUACUGUAUAUUAUUCGGAAGCAGCACAGACACUCUCCAACGCAAGUUACUCCUUUAGCUGACUAUUAUAUCAUUGCUGGAGUGGUGUAUCAAGCGCCUGAUUUGGGAUCAGUAAUAAACUCUAGAAUGCUGACAGCAAUACAUGCAGUUCAGUCUGCAUUUGAUGAAGCCAUGUCUUACUGCCGAUACCAUCCUUCCAAAGGAUAUUGGUGGCAUUUCAAGGAUCAAGAUGAGAGGGGUAAGUCCUAA